GUGAAUCUCCAUUGCUACUUGUGCUUUCUGGAAGCAUGAAACCUGGGUUCUAAAAGUUUAUUGUCUCCAAUGUUUACCUGCCAACUGAAUCCCAAAGCUCUCCAGAGAAUAGCCAGACAACCGCCGCAGUUGGUGAAGACAUUGUGCUCUUUUCAGAAUGAGCACCACAUGUUUGAUAGAAGUCCUAGACCAACUCUUAAGUCUAUACACCAUUCCAUGCUUAAUUUUAUUCACCAGAGCCAAUUUGAAGCUCUUAAAGUUUUCAAGAAACAGUUUCAAAUGGGUGUCUCAGAGAUAGAUGAGGUUGCCAUUGCGUUAGCUCUCAAGGCAUGCAAAGGUGACUUGACAUUUGGGUCUAAAUUACAUAGUCUUACUAUAAGAAGUGGAUUCUUUUCGUAUAUUACUGUCCCGAAUUCAUUGAUGAAUAUGUAUUGCAAAUCUGGACAGUUCAGUCAUGCCAUACUUGUUUUUGAGGACAUGGAGAAUCCUGAUACUGUUUCAUAUAAUACGGUGCUUUCUGGGUGUGAAAAUGGAGGAGAUGCAUUGUGUUUUGCACAUAGAAUGCAUGCACUUGGGAUUACUUUUGAUGCAGUGAGUUAUACAACAGCUCUCUCUCAUUGUACGACUCAAGAAAUGUUCAUAUAUUUGGAAGUCAUAGAUCAGUUGCAUUCUUGUGUAAUGAAGUCCGGAUUGGAAUUUGAGGUUUUUAUUGGGAAUGCACUUGUGACUAUGUAUUUGAAGUUGGGGAAAAUUGUAGGAGCUGAAAGAGUAUUUUGUGAAAUGCCAAGUAAAGACUUGGUUUCAUGGAAUGCCCUCCUCUCAGGGUAUGCACAGGAAGGGAGUUAUGCAUUGGAAGCUAUUUUGGGGUUCAUUGAAAUGGUAAGGGAAGGCAUGAAACCAGAUCAUGUGUCAUUAACUAGUGCAGUUUCAGCUUGUGGUCAGCAAAGAGAUUUGGAAUUUGGGAAGCAGAUACAUGGUUUUGAUAUGUUUGGCCGUGCAGGGCGGCUAAACGAGGCUGAACAAUUCAUGUCCCAAAUUCCAGGAGGACCAGGAAUCUCUGUACUUCAAAGCCUGCUUGGUUCUUGUAGGACUCAUGGCAAUGUAGAGAUGGCUAAGAGGGUAGGCGAAGCCUUGAUCGCUUUGGAACCCGAGCUUUCAGGUUCGUACGUGUUGAUGUUGAAUUUGUAUGCUGAGAAGGGGCAGUGGGAGAAGGUAGCAAACAUCAGAAAGGGAGUGAAGAAAGAGGUAGCAUUUAGUUGGGUUGAUGUCGGAAGCAUUGAUGAUUCUCUGAAUCUGCAUGGGGUGGCUUGGAUCAGAGAUGAAACAUUUAGUGGAAGAUGAAGAUGAUAGAUACAACAGGUUCGUAGCAUGUGGUCAUAUAUGAGAGUAGUGCUCUAUCUCUACACCCACCUGGUACGAGCCAUCUAAUGCUUACUUGUGUAUAUAUAGACCGUACAAUUAGAAC